AUGAGUUAUACAAAUCCAAUCAUCCCUGGGUUUAACCCCGACCCGUCAAUAAUCCGUGUCGAUGAAGACUUUUUCCUGGUCACUUCCACAUUUGAAUAUUUCCCGGGAGCUCCUAUUUAUCAUAGUCGGGAUUUGAUCGAAUGGAAGUUAAUUGGCCAUGCCUUGACAAGGUGCAGCCAGCUUCAAAUUCAUACACCAGAGCCUGGAGGUGGCGUAUGGGCAACUACGAUUCGGUAUCAUCGCGGUGUCUACUAUAUCAUUGCAGCGAGCUUUCAGCGCUAUCGCCCGCAACAAGAUGACCGAGUUUGGCCACAAGGGUUUUAUGUCAAGACAACCGAUAUUUGGAAUGAAAAGACAUGGUCGGAUCCUAUUUACUUUGACCAAAUUGGUUUUGACCAAGAUCUAUUUUGGGACGAUGAUGGAAUCGUAUAUCUAUCGUCUACUUACCGAAAACUUCAACCAACGCCUGGUGCAAAAUUGAAAGAUUUCGCAAUUCACAUAUGUACCGUUGAUCUGAACACCGGCCAUUCCACGUCCGAGCCGAAAUUGAUCCGCGAAUCUUCUUCUGGGGUUGCCGAAGGAUCACAUAUUUUCAAGCGCGGACGCUAUUGGUAUCUGUUUACGGCCGAGGGAGGCACUGAAAGUGGACAUUCGGAAUGGGUAAGCCGCAGCGAGAUUGGGCCAUUGGGACCGUGGGAACUCGGGCCAAACAACCCACUCUGGCGCAAUGGUGUCGAGGACGAAGUCCAGAACACAGGACAUGCAGAUUUGGUCGAGGAUACCAAAGGGCAAUGGUGGGCAGUUAUGCUCGGGGUUCGUCCUCUACGACGAGACGACCAAUGGGAGGAAUCAGUGCUGGGCCGAGAGACAUUUUUGGUACCUUUGAACUGGGAGCAAGACUGGCCUGUCAUCAACGGAGGACAAAAGAUUACACUUCAAUCUCACGGGCCAGGUCUCUAUCCACUCGAAACUUCAGUCUCUUGGAGAGAUGAGUUCGCUGCUCCGGAAAUGCAGUUGGGAUGGUAUAGAAAGAACACGCCGUUUAUCACGGAUUACUCGCUCACUGAGCGCCCGAGACAUCUCCGGCUCUACGGCGGUCCCUAUAACCUGUCGGUGCCAGCCUGCCCAACAAUGUUCCUCCGCAAGCAAACCCAUCGACACUGCACAUGGGAGACACGACUUUCCUUCUACCCCACCGCAGAUGCCACGGAAGCAGGAACUGUGCUCUGGAUGAACUACUUUACCUACAGCAGUCUCGGCAUUCGCAAGACCGAAAAGGGCCGUUGUAUCCUGUUCCGUCCGUCAGAAGGGGAAACAGUAGAGUGUGAUCUUGGUGCAGCAACAGACAUCAUUCUUACAAUCGAAUGUGGCACCGAAUAUCGAUUCGGUUAUCGAGAGGACACCGAAACUAGUUUCCAUUGGAUUGGCUCAGUCGUGAAUAGUGCUGCAACGAAAGCACCACCGGUCGGGGCCAACUUUACAGGCAUGAUGCUGGGUCUCUAUGCCUUUGGCGAGCGACAGCGAUGCCUGACCCCGGCUGAUUUUGCGUAUGCUGAGUUUCGGUGA